UCUCAAUCGCUAGAGAAAAUGGGAGUCAUGAUCAAUCACCAUUUGCUCGCUUUUAUCUUCGGCAUCUUAGGAAACGUGAUAUCCUUCCUUGUAUUCCUCGCUCCAGUGCCAACUUUUUAUAGAAUAUACAAGAAAAAAUCGACGGAAAGUUUCCAGUCGCUACCGUACCAAGUGUCGCUAUUUAGCUGCAUGCUAUGGCUCUACUACGCAUUGAUUAAGAAAGACGCUUUUCUCCUAAUUACCAUAAACUCCUUCGGCUGCGUUGUGGAGACUCUCUACAUCGCCAUGUUCUUCGCUUACGCCACCAGGGACAAAAGGAUAUCGGCUAUGAAGUUGUUCAUAGCGAUGAACGUUGCCUUCUUCUCGUUGAUUCUAAUGGUAACACAUUUCGUGGUUAAAACUCCCACCCUCCAAGUCUCUGUCCUAGGCUGGAUUUGCGUUGCCAUUUCUGUUUCUGUUUUCGCUGCCCCUCUAAUGAUCGUGGCUCGUGUGAUAAAGACAAAGAGUGUGGAGUUCAUGCCCUUCACGCUUUCUUUCUUCCUCACUAUAAGCGCCGUUAUGUGGUUCGCUUAUGGUUUAUUCCUCAACGACAUAUGCAUAGCGAUUCCAAACGUGGUGGGAUUCGUACUAGGGCUGUUGCAAAUGGUUUUAUACGGAGUUUACAGGAACUCAAAUGAGAAACCAGAGAUGGAAAAGAAGAUUAAUUCGUCAGAACAACAACUUAAGAGUAUUGUCGUGAUGAGUCCGUUAGGUGUGUCGGAAGUGCACCCAGUUGUGACGGAAUCGGUGGACCCACUCUCUGACGCCGUUCGUCAUGAGGAUCUGUCCAAAGUUACUAAAGUGGAGGAGCCGUCAAUUGAAAACGGCAAAUGCCACGUGGAGACUACUCGUCCUGAAACCGUUUGAAGUGUCAAUAUAUGUGAAGCAAAAUAUUUCUCUCUCUCUCUCUCUCUUUUGCUCUCUUUCUCUCGGCUCGUCGGGCCGGCCAAAGGAAGAAAUUGUAUUAUCGGCGGGGUGGUUUGUUAAAUUUCCAUUUUUGUUUCGUAUCUUAUUGAUGAUGUACUACUUGCAUAAAGUUUUGUGUUUAUUUGAAUAUAUUAUCUUUGUGUAAGUUGUAACUAGUGCUCAUUUGAUAUAAUAAACCUCAGUAGCUUGA